CUGCUGCAUUGCUUGUGACAGACUGUGCCCAUCAGCAGCGAUGUUUCUCAGGGGGUAUUUCUGCGUCUUGUGGUUCGCAUGUUGCGCGCCUCGGAUAAGUCACCAGACGUUAUGGCAUCGCUCCGAUCAGCAGCCCGAAACCCCAGACUGGAGGAUGACUCUAAAGACCAUCAGGAAUGGAGUGCAUAAAAUUGAUAUGUACCUGAAUGCUGCCCUGGACCUGCUGGGAGGAGCAGAUGGGCUUUGUCACUAUAAGUGCAGAGAUGGAUCAAAGCCAGUUCCACGCUAUGGCUACAGACCUGCCCCACCUAACGGAUGCGGAUCACCGGUGUUUGGGCUUCAUUUUGAUAUUGGCAUUCCCUCCAUGACAAAGUGCUGCAAUCAGCAUGAUCGCUGCUAUGACUCCUGUGGUAUGAUGAAAAAUGACUGUGACGAGCAGUUUCAGAACUGUCUGUCCAAAAUCUGCACGGAUGUACAGAAAACCCUGGGUAUAUCAGAGAGUGUGAAAGCUUGUGAAACAACAGUGGGACUCCUGUUUGAUGCCGUCAUACAUUUAGGAUGUAAACCUUACCUGGAGAGUCAAAGAGCUGCCUGUAUAUGCCAAUAUGAGGAAAAGAUUGAUCUAUAGCCAGAACCAACAUAGGAUUUGUUGCUGUAAUUAAUCUGAUGCCAAGUAUCAAUGCCAAAGAGACCAAAUUGGGUCUAUUUAAACUUUUUUUGUUUAUUUAUAAACAGCACGAAGAAAAAGAAAUUGUAGUUGUUUUAAUAAAUUUUACCUU